AUGAAUGGCCACAACGCCCCUGGACACGAAUCCCGCUACAAACAGUCACCUCGCAGUGUCUGGAGCGGCGUGAGUCCCGACGACCGCCUCGUCUCUCCCAACGACGUGAAAUUGACACUGCGUGAUUUGGGCGGCAACAACACCGUGCGUGCGUGCGUGUCUUGUGUGUUGCUCCUUCUUCUGGGAUUGUAUUUGGGUCGUGGCAGUCUGUGA